GUAAUUCUAUGUGCGGAGACAUAAGAGAAGGGCUGAAUACUGUGCGGAAGCACAUAUAAACACUCUUUAAAGACUCAAAAUAUUUCGUAAAUUUAUUCAUUCUUCCAUGUCGGCAUUACUAUCUUAAGAAGGCAAUCAUUCGAAGAAUGGGAAAGAAGGUCAUCGUAGCCGCGGUUCAUGCCGCUUCUGUGUUCAUGGACAAGAAAAAAAGCAUCGAAAAGGUUUUACAACUAAUCAAGGAAGGCAAAGAGAAAGAAAUUGAGCUAUUAGUAUUUCCCGAAACAUUCGUUCCUGGAUACCCAUACUUCAUUCAUACUUACUCACCCCUCAAAAACGUCAACGCGCAAGCCCAAUAUGCGGACGAAAGCGUAGUCAUCGGACGAACAGGCGGCGAUCUCCUCCCUAUCAUGCAUCUCUGUGCCGAACUAAAGAUAGCUGUUUCGCUCGGAGUAUCAGAACGUGUGGAAGGAGGUCAUACGUUAUUCAACUCGCAAGCUUUCAUUGAUACUGACGGCACGCUUCUCGGAGUUCAUAGAAAACUACAGCCCACACACGGGGAGCGUACGAUCUGGGCACAGGGAAGUGGACACACCUUAAGAGUUUGGCCGAGCAGCGUUGGCCGAAUAGGAGGACUUUCAUGUUGGGGCAAUGCAAUGAACAGCGCACGUCAAGCAUUAAUCGAAGAUCGACAAGAGAUUCAUGCCGCGGCAUGGGCAGCUCUUAGCACUUUAUCAGGAUUUGAAUCGGUAGCUGACAUUCAGAUCGAAGCAUUAAUGAAGAGCCAUGCACUAAUGGCACAAGUAUGGGUCAUCUGUGCCAGUAAUUAUGUCGAUGAUGGGACGUUGGAGUGGAUGGAGAAGAAUAUAGGACCACAAGAUCUCGUUAAGAAGGGUGGGGGAUGGAGUGCGGUUAUUCACCCUUUUUGUGCUGUGUUGGCGGGUCCACACACGGGAGCUGAAGAGAAGUUCUUGAAGGCAGAGAUCAACUAUGAGGAAUUAGGGGCCGUGAAAGUUUGGAUUGAUGCUAGUGGGCAUUACAAACGUCCUGAAAUAUUGAAGUUGGAUAUUGACAGAAGUCCAAAAUGGCCAGAUGAUGAGAUACUGGCAGGUGGGGCAUCUUUAGACCUCGGAUCUGCGACAGGGUAGGAUGUCAACUAUGUGGGAGUUCAGUAUCAAUGUAAUGUCAGUUGCUCGUCGCGAGGGGCAAUCAAUUUAGUUUGAUUUAAACA